AACAGACGGUAAACAGGUCGUCGGUUGCAGGCCGCGCGGGAUCUGGGUUUGGGAAGACGUCACCUUCUCCCUUUUCUUUCUGACAUUCUUACCCUGCAAAUCCCACUCUCAUUUUUAUAUUGUCUUGGCAACUUCAUUUUUUCAUUUUUGCCCUUUAUCUUUCCCUAUAUUUCCCUCUUCUGUCUCUUUUCCAAGGCUCCGGCUUUAUUUAUACCAAGCCUCCAAAAGGAUCUGGCGUCUCAAUUGUUUGAUAGGGUUGGUUUGUGUUUGAAACUUUUUUGUGCAGAUAAGUUUAGGAAUUUUUUGGGUUUUGGUACAUAACGAUGCCCGGUCUUAUUAUGGAUGAAAUUAAAGAAGAGGCAGUGAUGAAUGAAGUGAAUGGGAGUUCUGCACAUCUUAAGGAAAAUUCAGGUCUGAACAAGUCCACUAAGAGUACGUCAAGUCUGCGAAGCCCUCAUGGUGCAGAUCACCCCAUUAAUGGGAUGACACAGUUUGACACCUCCAUUGAGCAGCUUUAUGAGAAUGUGUGUGAUAUGCAGAGUUCUGAUCAGUCACCCUCCAGGCAGAGCUUUGGAUCAUAUGGUGAAGAGUCGAGGAUUGAUUCAGAAUUGCACCAUCUUGUUGGAGGAGAGAUGAGGGAAGUUGAAAUAAUGCAAGAGGAGGAGGUGGAUAAACCAGAAGAUGAUACUCGUAGUAAUUCCUCUGUUAAGAAGGGAAGCUCAUCUAGCGGUAAGAAGUCAGGGCAGUUGGACAAGACCCAAGCUGCAGGUGUAAAAUCCAUUUCUUCAGGUGAUGUGAAGAAAGCGUCUCAGUCAGAAUUGGACUCUGAAGCAUCAACAAAACCCAGUCUUAAGGGAAAAAGUCCACCUGAGAAACCUCCCAUUGGUAAGCGGAACAAUAAGACUCCAAAGAAAUCAACUGCAGGAGUCUUAUCCAUGAAGAAAGGGAAAGGGUCAAAGCUACAAAAUGGAACUGAGGAUGCUUCCGAGUCAGGGUUAGGUAAUCCUGAUCUCGGACCAUUUUUACUCAAACAAGCAAGGGAUUUGGUUUCUUCAGGAGACAAUCCCCAGAAAGCUCUUGAAUUAUCACUUCGAGCAGCAAAAUCAUAUGAAUUUUGCGCCGAUGGAAAACCCAGUUUAGAACUGGUCAUGUGUUUGCAUGUCGCUGCGGCAAUAUAUUGCAGCCUAGGCCAGUACAAUGAGGCAAUUCCUCCUCUUGAGCAAUCAAUUGAGAUUCCAGUGAUUGAGGAAGGCCAAGAGCAUGCUCUGGCUAAGUUUGCUGGUCAUAUGCAGUUGGGUGACACUUAUGCAAUGCUAGGACAGCUUGAAAACUCAAUAUCUUGUUACAGCACUGGUUUUGAAGUCCAGAAACAAGUUCUUGGAGAAUCAGACCCCAGAGUUGGUGAAACCUGCAGGUAUCUGGCUGAAGCUCAUGUGCAGGCAUUGCAAUUUGAUGAAGCACAGAGGCUAUGCCAAAUGGCACUUGACAUUCACAGAGAGAAUGGUUCACCGGCUUCUCUUGAAGAGGCAGCAGAUAGGAGGCUCAUGGGUCUCAUAUGUGAAACAAAGGGAGACCAUGAAGCUGCUUUGGAGCAUCUUGUUUUAGCCAGUAUGGCCAUGGUGGCAAAUGGCCAGGAGGCAGAGGUGGCUUCUGUUGAUUGCAGCAUUGGAGACACAUACUUAUCUUUGGCUCGAUAUGAUGAGGCUGUUUUUGCCUAUCAGAAAGCACUCACAGCUUUUAAGACAGCCAAAGGAGAGAAUCAUCCAGCUAUUGGGUCUGUCUUUUUCCGGUUGGCUGAUUUGUAUAACAGGACAGGGAAAUUAAGGGAAUCAAAAUCGUACUGUGAGAAUGCCCUCCGAAUCUAUGAAAAGCCUAUGCCUGGGAUCCCUCCAGAGGAGAUUGCAAGUGGCCUCACAGAUAUUUCUGCUAUUUAUGAAUCAAUGAAUGACCUUGACCAGGCAAUCAAGUUGCUACAAAAGGCCUUAAAAAUAUACAAUGAUGCCCCUGGUCAGCAAUGCACAAUAGCUGGAAUUGAAGCCCAGAUGGGAGUAAUGUAUUACAUGUUGGGGAAUUAUUCAGAAUCUUACAACUCCUUCAAAAGUGCCAUUUCAAUGCUACGUGCAUGUGGAGAGAGGAAAUCUGCCUUCUUUGGCAUUGCUCUCAAUCAAAUGGGGCUGGCUUGUGUGCAACGCUACGCUAUUAAUGAGGCUGUUGAGUUGUUUGAAGAAGCCAAGAGUAUUCUGGAGCAAGAGUGUGGACCUCACCACCCUGAUACGCUUGGUGUAUACAGUAAUCUUGCAGGCACUUAUGAUGCAAUUGGCAGGUUGGAUGAUGCAAUUGAAAUACUGGAGUAUGUUGUUCAGAUGAGAGAGGAAAAACUUGGGACGGCAAAUCCAGAGGUUUAUGAUGAGAAGAAAAGGUUGGCUGAACUAUUAAAGGAAGCAGGAAGAGUUCGGAGCGGAAAAGCCAGAUCAUUAGAAACCCUUCUUGAUGCCAACCCUCAUAAUUUGAAAGGACUGGAGCCACUGAAGUGUUCGGUUACUGGUCCACAUAAAGUCAUGAUAAGCUCUACAAAUUUCACCGAGAGGAGAGUGCGCAAACAGUCAUCUCAAGAUAAUUUAAACAUAGAAGAAUUCAUUUGAAGUAUAUUUGAUCUGGAUUCUUACAAAUUCAAGGAUGUAAACUUCCAUGGUUUAUUUAAUCAUAAUAGGGAAACUGAGGAGAAGAUUCCAGACC